AGGUGGGUCGUGGUGGAGGGAAGGAUCAGAGGGUGCCUCACUGUGGCAGUUAGGGUCUCUCAAGACACAGGGCACUUCCUUUUCACAGGAAGGAUUAUUUUCUUAGCCCCAGGAAGGAAAAGGAACUUUGGAGUUGUGUCUGCUUUCUGACCCAGAGAGUUGCUGAGCUUGGCUUCACAACCUCCAGCUGCUGAGGGCAGCAAGUCGCCCAGAUGCUCUGUGAUCGGCUGCAGGAGUGAAGGAAGCCCCUCUGGGCACCUGGCUGCACACCGAGCCCUGCAGGGCCUGUAAAAUUUCAGCGUCAAGGACGGCAAAUAGGGAAACCCGAGGGUGCGCCUGCGGCUCAGCACACAGACCCUGCAGCCCGGCCUCCUAAGAAACCCACCUCAGUGCUGCCCCGAUGGCGGUGGCCGCGGCCCUGGAUGGAGUCCAGGCGGAAGCCAGAUGCCCGGUCUUUCUGGAGGGCCUGAGAGACCCCGGCACCACUGUGUGUGACAACAACUCCGGCCGCUCCUGCAUCCAGCGGUCCUGGGCUCACCUGGAGGGCAGGUUCCCCUGCCCCACGUGCCGCCACCCGUGCCAGGAGCGGCAGGUAAGGAGCAACGCCCAGCUGGGUAGGAUGAUCCGGGUGGGCAGGCUGCUCCAGAGAAGCCGGAGCAACAGGAGGAGACAUGAGGAGGCGCGAGGAGCCGCGCCUGUGCAAGCUGCACCGCCAGGUCCUGAGCCUCUUCUGCGAGGAACAUCUGGAGGUGCUGUGUCUGUCCCCUGUGCGCCCGGGCACCAGGGCCACUUGGUGAGGCCGGUGGGCGAGGCCGCGGCUGACCACCGGCAGAGGCUCGGCGCUCACGUGGAGCCUUUGGAGAGGCGGGGGGCAGAUGUCCACAGCCUGGUGGCCGCGCAGGACAGAAAGCUGCUGGAGCUGCGGGAGCUGGUGCAGCGCCAGCGGCUGGAGCUGGCCUCGGAGUUCCGGCAGCUGAGCCGGGCUGUGGACGGCGAGCAGGAGGCCGUCCUGGCGAGGCUGGUCCAGGAGGAGCAGCACAUCCGGAAGCAGCUGGGCGCCAACAUCACCGCCUUCUCAGACCACAUCUGCGAGCUGCGGGGCCUCCUGCACGAGGUGACGGAGAGAAGCGUGCUGCCUGGAGCCAGGCUGCUGAGCGGCAUCGGGGGCGUCCUGGGCAGGUGCGAGCGUCUGAGGUGCCCCAACGUCUGCUCCUUGCAGCUGAGGCGGGAAGGCUGCAGCCUCGCCCCGCCGCACUCGGCUCUGCAGAAAAUCAUUCAGACGUUCCGGCAGGACGUGACACCCUGGACCCCGAGACGGCGCAUCCCAACCUGCUCGUGUCCGAGGACAGAAAGUCGGUGACGUCUGCGAGGAGCAGGCAGCUCUUCCCCGCAAGCGCGUAGAGAUUCUGCCCGGAGCCUGCUGCGCGAGGCCCAGGGGUCUUCGCCUGCCGCCCUUCGCCAGCUGCCGGCGGUACUGGGAUGGGCGGGUGGGCAGGGCUGCGUGGGCCGUGGGCGUCUGCGCAGACUCCGUCCCCAGGAGCGUGGGCCGUGGGCGCCUGCGCAGACUCCACCCCCAGGAGCGUGGGCCGUGGGCGCCUGCGCAGACUCCGCCCCCAGGAGCGUGGGCCGUGGGCGCCUGCGCAGACUCCGCCCCGGACCGGCGCCUGCGCAGACUCCGCCCCGGAGGGAUAGAGCCGCUUCCGGACUGCGGGGCUACGCCGAGGGGAUUUUGAGGCCUGCGGGCCAGGAGGUGCCGUUCCGCUGGAGCUGAAGGAGGAGGCUGGCGGGAUCGAGUAUUACCACUCCACGUGAAGAGGUAACGGAGGCCAAAGGAAUGGCUGAAACGGAGCAGGAGAGAGUAGAGAAACUCCGCCGUGCAAGUCUUUCCAGGAUCAUCAGGGAAGUCCUUCCUGAGGACAUGCAUGGUAUUGGAACAGAGAGCUGAGUUACAGGAAUAGCUGUGCAGAAGCCAUGGUGGAGAUCUGCAUGUGCACUGUGGCCAUGGGCUUCAAGUAUCUGCAGGGCAGCUGAGGUGAUUCCAGGUAGGCAGUUGGACACCCUGUACAGGUCCUGAAAGGAAUAGUGAUUUAUUCCAGAGGUGGUCAGAAGGGAGCAGGGUAUCUUUGAAACCAAGGAAAAUUCAUUCUACAACUUGACCCACGGAGACAGCUGAUGUGUUCACUGAAUUUGAGAAGAAGGAAGUCACUAGGGACCUUUCCCAGAAUGCAGUGGGAACAGUGCAUCGAAAAUACAUGGGAGGAAAGGAAGUAGCCACUUUUCAAGAAAUUGGGCUGUGCAGAGAAGAACCUGAGCUGGUCACUAGAGAGCACUAUGGGGCCAAGGGUGCACCUUCUUUCUUUUUCUUUUCUUUUUUUUUUAAAGAUGAAAUAGUUCAGUUUUGACAUAUUGAACAUGCUAGGGAAGAAAGGCAGUAAUUGUUGGAUCAAGGUUCCUGAGGUGUGGAGAGAUGAACCAUAAGCAAGAAAGGAAUCUCCUAAUGAAAGACUAGGAGGGGAAAACAGAAGACGCUACAGAUGUAGAUGUUUGUAGUUUGAGGGCAGGGUCUGGUUUUGAAGCUUGAUUACCUCCAUUUUCGCUGGGAAGAGGAAUCAUCUCUUGCUGUGAGUUGGAUAAGGAGGUUAAAAAGUUUAAGGAAACUGGAGGUCAUUAAAGGCUUGAAAUAGAACUGAAUGGGAAUCAGAGGUGCUUAAAAGUAAGAAGAGCUCUUUGCAGAGUGCCACUGAAGUUGGAGGUGAGGUGCUCCCCUAAAGUGGAGAUUCUGCGCUGAAGGCAGAGUUGGCUUUCGGAUAAGGCGAAGAGGCAGAAUAGAGUGAGAAGGGCCAGGACAACAGGACGGUUGCAUAGGGUUUGGAGGCAGAGCAGAGAUUUGGUCAGGGGUGGGGGGGAAUCACGACUUUAAGGGCGUAGGAGUAAGGCAGACAGUAUGGAGGCUGGUUGUCUGGGUGUGGAGGUAGCACACAGAGACCCAGCGUCAGAGUGGAAUGAAAUAAUACAACUGAAUCUAUAUACAAAACAGACUCACAGGCAUAGAAGACAAACUUACGGUUACCAAGGGGACAAGUGAGGGCUAUGGGGAUUACCAGAUACAACUACGAUAUACAUAACAUAGGUAAGCAACAGGGACCUACUGUAUAGCUCAAGGAGCUACAUUCAAUAGCUUGUAAUAACCUACAGUGGAAAAAAAUCUGAAAAAAUAUAUAACUGAAUCACUUGGCUAUACACCUAAAACUAACACAACAUUGUAAAUCAACUAUACUUCUACAAAACAAUUCUUUUUAAAAAGGCAGAAAAUAGAGAAGUAGAAGCAUUUACAUUUGAAUGGUAAUCAAGGGUCUCAAUUUUAAAAGGUAACUUUACCAAAAGUAUUUUCAUAGCCAUUACCUCUGGGAAAGGAAAAUGGGCAACAGAGGAGGGUGGAAGACUUUUACUUUUGACUUUACAGUAUUCUUCCAGACUGUUAGAAAAAAAAUGUUAUACCAUGAACAUGUAUUAUAACUAUUAUUAAAAAGCUAGAAAGAGUAUGUGUUAACGGAGUGUGUCGUUACCUAGAGCACAUAUUUAUCGAUAAAAUCAGGGCUGUAGUGAGAUGAUACUGUUGGAAGGGGACAUCAUCAGAGUCCCCACCUCAAAGCCCCUACCUCAUUUCCACAUCAACCUAUAAGCUCAGAUUUCCUGACACCCUUCUUUUGCAUUCCUUCACUCUAAUUCACUUAGGGCUGAAGGUAAUGCCAAAAUAUUUGUGAGAAAAAAAAGUAUUAGAAAAUAAACUUUAUAUGGCAAGAUUUUCUAUUUAAUUAUCUCAACAGUUAGGAAAUCUCACUGAGGAUCUUUGAGGGGGACUCUGUGAGAAGAAAAAUUGACGGAGUAAAUGUAAUCGGGCUUUCCCAUCAAGUGAGCUGAAAGUCUAAACCACUCUAAAAGGUUAAUCUGUAAAACUUCAAAGUCAAAUGUUUACCUUACCUAUCCCUUUACAGUCUUCCUUGACCCUAACUGAAUGAAGUCAAGACAUGUGAUUUUAUCUAAAGCACGUAGAAAACAGAGGGGGACAAAUGAAGAGAGAUUCAGCCUCAGAGUUCCACUACUUAUGUCUAUAGUGCCUUUAUCUAGUAGUCAAAGUACCUUUGUUGCAAGACAUAUAAAAAAGAUGCAAGUAUUUAGGGCAGUGAGAAUCAUGCUAUCAAACGUGAAUAUAGCACUUAGAGCACUGGUUGACCAAGCUCUUGGGAAAUUAUCUUUUUUUUUAAUUUUUAAGAAAAUUUUAUUGAAGUAUAGUUGAUUUAUAAUGUUUUAAUUUCUGCUGUACAGCAAAGUGAUUCCGUUAUACAUAUUUUUUUUCAUGUUCUUUUCUAGAUGGUUGAUCACUGGAUAUUAAAUAUAGUUCCCUGUGGGGAAAUUAACGUUUUUCUUUCAGUGGCUCUUAUACUAAUGCUGGAUUCCAAAAUGUGACUUUUACACAUUCUUCAAAGAACUGUAGCUGGAAUGUAGGACUAGUCUAAACACUGAGAAAAUGGAUGCUGUAACCUGAGCAGUUCUUUAAAAGGAUUACCCAGCUUUUGUAAAGGAUUGCUAUUAUUAAAUAGUUUAUAUGGCCUCGACUUACGUUUCCCUUUGGUUUACAAAUUUGCUUUAUAGGUCAAAAUUUUCCUUAACUUUGACAAUUCAAAUUUCACUACUCUAUCUUGUUUACUUACAGCUCUAGUUUUUAUGGCAGGUGUUUGGUGGAGAAAGCCAAUAUAACCUGUGGCUGAGUAAGGGCUUUUGUCUGCAUUUGUGAGGCAUCCUUUCCUGCAUAUGCAGGAAUUCCCUUGCUACUGUGAAAUGCCUCUUUGUUAUCUGUGGAGGAGUGCUGGAAAAAUCACGAACUUCUCUACUCCUCCUAAGCACAGAUUUUACCGUUAUUUAUAUGAGAGACUGAAAUUCAUUAUCGACAUACACCAAAGGAUUUUUUAACAUAUAAGACACUUUUAAAGCAUGUUUUAGUCCCCACUAAUUGGCUUCUCAAGAACUUCCUCUUGUAUGUUUCUGGAUUUCUCCACCAAAUUUCUUUUUCAUAUUUUGAUAGCAAAGAUUAAUUUGUUACAGAUGCAGGCGUAGAGAACUUGUCUACGGGUUUUUGUCUCAGUCCUCUUGGUAAAUGCUUAUUACUGAACUGCUCUUCCUUUAUUUAAUAUCCCACUACAGGGUCUUCACUGGUUUGAAAAGCGUGUAUGAAACACCAGGCACAGCAAUCAUUCUCUUCCCUGAAUGCAUAGUGCCGUAAAUGCUCCAGUCCACAGGCCAAAUGAAUAGGCUAAUUUAGCAACUGCCUGUGUUAUGUUAACCAGCUGAGGGAUAUUUCUAUGACUUUUUUUUAAAGGAAGCUAUAUUUCAUGUGAAUUAAAGAGCUUAAAAUAAUUACAA